AUGUCCAGCGAGCCGUCAUAUUCUGAGUUCAAGCCACUCCUCGCCCAGAGCGUUGGUUAUGGCGUUGUUGUUGGUGUGGGGUUCUUCUUCGCAGGCGUCAUGUUCAUCUUGACCACACUGCAACGCAAAUUUUUCAAAUUUUCUCCUGCUUCUUCGGAAGAAUUCACGCCUGGCCUAAUAUGCUGUGGAAUCGUAAGCGCGUGGACAUGGAGCGCUACGCUUUUGCAAUCGAGCACUGUUGCAUAUACAUUCGGCGUUAGCGGUCCUUGGUGGUAUGGUGUCGGUGGCACCAUUCAGGUUGCUAUGUUUGGCAUGGUUGCCUCCAAGGUGAAGCAGAACGCCAACGGUGCCCAUACAUUCCUUGAGAUUGUCAAGACCCGAUUUGGGACAAGUGCCCACAUUCUCUUUACAUUUUAUGGAUUUCUGUGUAUCUUAUUGGUCUGCGGGUCUCUGCUACUUGGAGGCUCUGCAACUGUUAACGCCUUGACCGGCAUGAACACCACCGCGGCAUGCUUUCUUCUCCCUAUUGGUAUUGCUCUCUAUGUCAUCUUUGGUGGUCUGCGCGCGACAUUUAUCUGCGACUGGAGUCAUACCAUUAUCUUGUUCAUUAUCAUCUACAUAUUCACAUUCCGAGCAUACGGAACAUCACCUGCCAUUGGCAGUGUCUCCAGACUCUAUGAUCUCUUAGAACAGGCUAGCAUCAUCACUCCAGUGGUAGGUAAUCAAGGGGGCAGCUACUUGACCAUGAAAUCCGAUCAAGGCCUUGUGUUUGGUGCUAUCACAAUCCUUUCUGGUUUUACCGGAGUCUUCUGCGAUCAAGGUUACUGGCAAAGGGCAAUCGCAAGUCAUCCAGAAUCGACCACCAAGGCAUACAUGCUUGGUGGUAUUUCUUGGUUUGCUGUUCCAUGGGCAUUUGCAUCUUGUCUCGGUCUGAGUGCUCGCGCUCUUAUUACUAAUGCAAGUCCACCAAACUUUCCCACCUAUCCUUCUCCGCUUUCUCCAAGUCAGAUUAGCGCGGGUCUUGCAGCUCCUGCUGCAGCUGCUGUGCUCAUGGGCAAAGGUGGCGCGAUCACCGUGCUCCUUGUAGUAUUUAUGGCCGUGACUUCAGCCGCGAGUGCUGAGCUCAUCGGCGUAUCCAGUCUAUUCAUAUACCGGACCUAUUUCCGUCCCAACGCCACUGGCGAUGAGAUAGUGAGGGUAUCUCACUGCUUCAUAUGUUUCUGGGCAGUCUGGAUGGGCUGUUGGGCAACUAUUCUGAAUGCUGUUCACAUCGACCUUGGAUGGGUGAACUAUCUGGAAUACAGAGGCUGUAUACUCAGCCCUGCAGUUAUUCCCAUUGGACUUACCGUUUCGUGGUCUAAGCUUACGAAAGCAGGCGUUUUCUGUGGUGCUAUAGGCGGUGCAUGUUUCGGAAUGUUGGCUUGGAUGAUUGGAUGCUGGAAGAUAUACGGCCAAAUCAACAUCAGUAACCUUGCGCAACCGUACUCCGCCCUAUGCAGUAGUCUCGCGGGACUAUUUUUCUCUGGAAUUUUGACAGUGGGGGUGUCGCUCUUGAACCCUGCUGACUAUGACUUCUCGGGCACCCGAGCAAUCGCCACCUUAGAAGACACAAUCGGGAGCGACAUUUCAGGCGUUGACACUUCAUACAGAGCAUCAGAUACCGAAUCGCAAAAUGAGAAAAGGGAUGAAAAGCGGUCAUCGUUGAAACAACCUGUUUCCAACAUCAUGGAGGUUGGGUUGGAGAACGAUGAUGAACAACGUCUCAGAUCUCUUAAGACGGUAUUCAGAAAGGCGUUUAUAUAUUCGUCGAUUUUGACAUUGAUUGUCGUCAUACUUGUCCCACUGCCACUAUUCUUCUCUCAUUAUGUCUUCAGCAAGAAGUUUUACACCUUCUGGACAGCCUGCUCGAUCAUAUGGGCUUUCGCGAGUGGGUCAUUUUGCAUCGUCUUCCCCUUGUGGGAGUCCAGAAAUGAGAUCGGUAUGAUACUGGGUUCAGCUUAUAGGUCAAUCCGCAAAUAG